CUUCUGGGCAGUGGAGGACAUGCUUCCAAAUAAAGCAGUUUGGGGCCAACCAUUACCAGAACAUCUUCAGAAAAUGGUUGUAAGUGUAUUGGACCCUAACAGUGACCCAAAGGAACGUAUUGUUUCUGUGGGGUCCACUGUGCUGCUGCGUUCCGAUUUUUUGUCUUUAGGAUUGUCAGAAGGAGUUGAAGCAACGGUAAAAUAAUUUUUUAUUUGUAAAAUGAGAUGGAAAAAUAUCAAAGGAACUGAUUUCAUUUGUUUUUAUGAAAAAAAUUAUAGAUUUUGAACUGUUGCCUACUGAAUCAUAGAGCACAUACGCUUUCCGCAGGGUAAGGUAGCAGUCUCGAAGAUUUUAUUGAAAACCGGAUACAUUUGUAUCCAUCUGAUAAUUGUUUCUUCAUUACAGGAUAUCAGUGUGUAUGUUGUUAAUUCUUACGUGGUAGCGACCUGGCUUCCGCCAUUCUCUUGUUUCCCAGAGUUGUCCCUUCCGGCUAAUGUCAGUCAGACACACCUUGUGGCUCUGCCAGCUUGGGUACCUGGCCACUGGCUGCUGUGUGAGCAUUGCAAAACUCAUUGACACCCAAGAGUGGACAGAGAAAACUGCGAUUACAUUUGAAGGAAUACCGAAGCAGGUGGGUGGGAACAACUGUGGGAUCUACAUACUGAUGUACACUCUAUACAUGGCUUUGGGGCUCCGGUUUGAUUUUACAGAGGAUGACAUGCCCCUGAUCAGGAGGUGGUGGUGUGCUCUCAUACUGGACAACUUCACUCUGCAAAUCGCUCAACCAGACAAAAGGCAAUGUCUUCGGGGAGAUUCAGACAAAGCAGAGCAUGCAGUUAUGACAACAAUAUAUCAGCUUCCCAAUGAAAUUGUUUCUGAGAUCCUCAAGGAAGUUGUUUUAGCAACUGGGGAUUCUGCAUAUUUGACGCUUUCACUUGUAUGCAGAUGGUUUCGGGAUGUGGUCACAAAUGAACAUUUUCGGAAAGCAGCACACUUUGCCUGGCUAGACAGUGUGGUCAACUGGAAGAUUUUCUCACAGGACUAUUGUAAAGAGUUCAGACAGAGCUACAGCAUCAGGGAAUGCUCAGAAUGCUUGAAGCUCUUCAAGUCCUGUCCACCAGGGUAUAGGGGAAGAGGAAGACGAGGGGAACUGCUGGGCUUUUACUCCGAAGAUCUUUGUGCAGGAUUUUGCUCGCAGGACUGUUUUUUGCUGCAGGAAAUGAGUUUAUGUUAA